UGUUAUUUUUCGAUUUUUUAACAAUCAUGAAAGUGUAUUGUUUAAGUGAAGAUCCAAACAAACCAUGUUUUGUGAUAAAGUUAAAAUCAGUUACUAUAAUGUUGGACUGUGGUCUAUCAGCGCACAGUGUUUUGAAUUUUUUACCUUUAUAUCCAAUACCAGACUGGAAACCAAAUAAAGCGGCAGCAUGGAUACCUAAGAAUUUUUCUGACCCUCAAAUUGAAGGGGAACUUAAUGAAUGUAUGACUAAUCAAGUCCUUGUAAAUUCUGCACCUGAAUUCAUGACACCACUUACAAAGUUAGUUGACUUUGCUGAUAUUGAUGUUAUAUUGGUAUCCAAUUAUAUGACCAUGUUGGCUUUACCAUUUAUUACUGAAAAUACAGGUUUCAAAGGAGUUGUGUACAUGACUGAACCGACUUUACACAUAGGAAAAUUAUUUCUUGAAGAACUAGUAGAUUUUGUUGAACAGUCGCCAAAACCUAAUGUUGCCAAAUACUGGAAAGAAAUAUUGCAUUUACUUCCACCACCAUUGUGUAACAGUUUUAAGCCUCAUACAUGGAAACAAUUGUAUAGCCUUGCUCAGGUUAAUUCGAGUUUAACACGUGUGCAGAUGAUUAGUUAUGAUCAAAAAAUUGAAAUUACAGGCGCAUUGACUGUAACAGCUGUUAGUUCUGGUUAUUGCUUAGGUAGCAGUAAUUGGGUAAUAUAUUUGGAAAGUAAGAAAUUGGUUUAUGUCAGCAAUACAUCAACAUUGACAACCCAUCCAAGACCCAUGGAUCAAGUUAACUUAAAAAAUGCUGAUCUAAUGCUGUUAAGUAGCUUAACACAAGCACCUGCUGCUAAUCCAGAUUCUAUGCUCGGAGAACUAUGUCUCUCAGUUGCUGUUACUUUGCGAAAUAAUGGUUCAGUUCUUAUUCCGUGUUAUCCAUCAGGUGUUGUUUAUGAUUUAUUUGAAUGCUUAUCAUCUCACUUGGACAGCACAGCUUUAGGUCAAAUUCCAAUGUAUUUUAUUUCUCCAGUGGCACAUAGUUCUUUAGAAUAUUCUAAUAUUCUUGCAGAAUGGCUUUCUCAAUCAAAACAAAAUAAAGUAUACUUUCCAGAAGAACCAUUUCCACAUGCACAACUAGUUAAGUCUGGACGUUUAAAGCAUUUUAAACAUGUUUAUACUGAUGAUUUGUGGAACGAUUUACGGCAACCUUGUGUGGUAUUUUGUGGUCAUCCUAGUUUGCGAUUUGGUGAUGUUGUACAUUUUGUGGAAUAUUGGGGUACAAAUCCUCAGAAUACAAUUAUAUUCACAGAACCUGAGUUUCCAUAUUUAGAAGCUUUAGCUCCAUUCCAACCACUGGCUAUGAAAGCUAUGCACUGUCCUAUUGAUACAAGUAUGAAUUUUACCCAGGCCAACAAAAUGAUUAAAGAUCUUAAACCAGCCGUKUUAAUUUUGCCUGAGCGUUAUGCCAUUCCACCAACUGGAUUUGGUCAUAAAAAUGAAUUUGUUAUUGAUCAAAUUGAUAGAAAAGUAUUGACUAUUAAAAGAGGUGAAGUCAUUUCAGAGAAACUUGAUAUAAAAACAGUCAAUGUACCAUUUACAACAGAAAUGGUAGUAAGUGUAACACUUAACGAAUUACAAUCUGGAUUAAAGGCAUCAAAAUUUACAGCUGUUUUAGACACUAAAGAUAAUAAGUAUAAGUUAGACAUUUUGAGGGAUGACUUAUUAGCAAAUAAGACAACUGAACCUUAUCUGUUAGAAACUUUAUUUAAAAAAACUUAUGAGUGGGGACAAUUGGAUAUUGAUAGGUUUUUACGUGCAUUGACCAAUGAAGGAGUGAGUGACCCUAAAAUCGAACACAAUGCACAUGGGUAUACCAUACAUCUUAAAUCAGAAGACACAUUAAUUCAAGUGGAUGAUAAGUCCACUCAUAUAUUCUGUGAAAAGAUGGAUAAGAACUGGAGACUUAAACUUAGAAGUAUAGUUAUGGAAUGCCUUAAUUCUUUUUAAAUAUAAUGAUCAUUAAUAUUUAUUGUUUUACAAGUAAUUUACACGUUUCAAAGACUGUUAUUUACAUUAAUCCCUAUCAUUGUGGUUGAGAAACAAUUUAUAAAUAAACAAAUAAUAGUCAAAACUAA